GCUACCUCCCACCAGAAGUGAACUUUUAAAAUGUAGACAACUGAGAAACUCAGUUCGUUAACUGCCAGAAGAAAUGAAGAGCGAAGAGCCAAAAGCGGCACCUGGAAACACCAUCUUGGCAAAACCAACCACAACACAGCAGAAUGCCAUGGAGGUAAAUGGACCCACUAAGAAUAAUGUCGCCAGCCCAACAUCACAGUCCCAAUCUGAAGCACAGCCCCCUGCCCCCGUAUCGGACCCACACAUCCCACGAGAGCAGUGGGGUGGCAAGUAUGAGUUCCUGCUGUCCUGUAUUGGAUAUUGCGUCGGCCUUGGCAACGUGUGGCGGUUCCCCUACCUCUGCUACCGCAAUGGAGGAGGUGUGUUCCUCAUACCCUACUUCAUAAUGCUGUUCUUCACUGGUGUCCCCCUGUUCCUCAUGGAGCUGAGUCUGGGCCAGUAUGGAGCCGCUGGCCCCAUCACUGUCUGGAAGUGUUGCCCUCUCCUUAAAGGUAUUGGCAUCGGGAUGCUGUGCGUGUCCACGCUGGUGUGCCUCUACUACAACGUGAUCAUCGCCUGGACCUUCUACUACCUGGGCAGCUCCUUCCAGAGCCCCCUGCCCUGGUCCUGCGAGGCCCCCGCCAAUGCGGCCCUGUGUGCCAACAUCAGCUCGGGCAACGGGUCCUUUCAGAGCCCUUCAGAGGUCUUCUGGAAUGAGAAGGUGCUUGGUGUAGUGCACAGCAAGGGCCUCCACGACCCAGGGCCGGUGCGGUGGCCCCUGGCCCUCUGCCUGCUGGCUGCGUGGAUCAUCAUCUUCCUCUGCAUACUGAAGGGCAUCCGCAGCUCCGGGAAGGUGGUUUAUGUCACCGCUACGUUUCCCUACUUCGUGCUGCUCGUGCUGAUCAUCAAGGGCGCCACGCUGGAAGGAUCGCUCCAAGGGGUGGCCUUCUACCUCACCCCUGACUGGAGCCGUCUAGCCAGUGCACAGGUGUGGAACGACGCAGCCUCCCAGGUCUUCUACUCUCUGGGUAUCGGGGUGGGGGGCCUGCUGUCAAUGGCGUCAUACAAUAAAUUUGACAACAACGUCAUCAGGGACACGUUGAUAAUAGUCGUCGGGAACUGUAGCACCAGUUUCUUCGCCGGCUUCGCAAUUUUCUCCAUCCUGGGUCACAUGGCCUGGAGAAAGGGCGUUCCCGUGGGCGAAGUGGCAGACACUGGUCCUGGUUUGGCAUUUGUUGCUUACCCAGAGGCCCUGGCUCUCCUGCCUGGUUCCGUAUUCUGGUCAAUCCUCUUCUUCCUCAUGCUCUUCAUGCUGGGCAUCGACACACUAUUUGGGAACAUGGAGGGCAUUACGACCGCAGUGUUGGACGAGUUUCCUCAGCUGAGACAAAACAUGAUGCACAAGACCCUGUUCUUGGCGGCUCUGUGCUUUGCCUUCUACCUGAUGGGUCUCCUGCUCAUCAGCGAUGGCGGCAUUUACUGGUUCACCCUCAUUGACUCCUUCAGCACUAGUUUCGGCCUGAUAAUCAUCGCCCUCUUCAUGUGCAUCGGCAUCUCCUUCUUCUAUGGAGUGAACCAGUUUUGCCAGGACAUCAUCGAUAUGAUCUGCCACUGUCCCCCAUGGUGUACCAAGUUUCUUUUCUUCUUCAAAGCGUGUUGGGUAUUCAUCACUCCCUUCCUUCUCCUGUUCAUCCUGACCUACAUCUUCUUUGAGAUGUACAACACGUCGCUCCAAUACGGCUCCUACGUGUAUCCCUUCUGGGGCAAGGCGCUGGGCGUGUGCAUCGGCAUGGCCUGCUGCAUGCAGAUCCCUAUCUGGGCCGGGGUGGCCAUCUUCAAGGAGUCGGGAACCCUCAGAGACCGCUUCCAGAAGGCCAUUCGACCUCUAAACUCCUGGCGGGCCAACACCCUGAGCAGCUCGGGUCAGACGGAGGAGCAGGCGGAGCCAGAACGGGUCGAUGGCCCCUACACCGUCAACCUCACCAGCAUGGACUUCAACGCCAUGACCUGGCAGUCAGACAGCAACGCAUGAUGGAUCUAAGGGACAGCCAUGUUGCCAUGACAAUAAGUGGGGGGGUUCCUACCCUAAUGGUUCCCGCUCGGUUCUGGAGAUUGUGAUGCAAACCAAUGUUUUGUCCUGCAGGGAAGUGUAGAAUGGACUAGUCGUUUUAUUUAUACUUCUACAAUAUUUCAAUGUACUGUAUGUUUUUUUUAAAAAUGUUUUUAUAUCUAAAAAGGGUUGGGCCCUAUGUUAUUGGUCGAUAGAUUUACUGUUUGGUUGAUAUUCAAUACAUCUAUUGAUUAACUUAUUGUUGAUUUUAUUAGUAUUUUUUUCCAAGGACAGAGGCAUACAGUGGGCAGUCCACAGUCAUUCAUGGUGUAUACAAAGAGGCCAAGCAGUGAUUGUUGAGUUGAGUUUGCAUCUUCUACAGACUCCGUGAGGUUGCAGCUAUUCAUAAAAUGAUAUUUUGAUGUUGGUGACAUGAAAUUACUGAAGCCAACCAUGGUUACUUUGGGCAUUACCUCAAUAAUGGAUGAUAUACUUGCUUUUCGAAAUAAAGAGUUUUCAGAUAUUUUAAUUUUCA